ACGAACAAUAAUAUUUCGAAAAAGCAAACAGACAUUACAACUUCGUCGAAAAAUUUUCAAAUACAACAUGCUUUUGAGAAUCACACUCGUAACAAUGCAACUCUUAUUGAUUUAUCCACUCCCAUAAAUUGUAACCAAUUAGUAAAGGCAAAGAAAAUGGAAGAAAAAUCUGAAUUGAAUUUCAAUUUUACACCAUAUCCUGCAGAAAUUCCUAAAUUAUUUGACUCAUUGAGCGAUUCAUUUAAAUUUGUAAUGCCCCAAAGUAUUUUGAAUGAAUCUAUUGCAAAACCAACUUCGGUAACGAUUGCAUCAAAACAUUCUAGUUACCAUUAUCAAGAAGUUCCAAAAGAUACCAAUUUUCAAGAAAAUAGUCAUAAUAAUUCGUUUAUUUUAAAUAAUUAUUUUGAUCAAUAUGCCCAGGCAAAUAGUAAUUCUGUACUCGAAAAUCCAAUACAAGACGAUAUUGUAUCAGACGUAAAUGAAAUAGAAUUUGAAAAAGGUUUGGACAAUAUUAUAACCAGUACAGCAAAAACUUCAUAUUCUAAAAUAGAAUCUGAACAAAAAUUUCAGUUGAUUCAACGAUUAGAUGUUAUACCGAAAGGAAUGUCACAAAUCUAUGAUGAUACAAAUACUUGCAUUUGUCGUCAUUUAAGCCCCCGAACAAAAAAAGAAUUGUUGCAGAAAAUUAAAAGAAAAUACGAACAGAAGUUAAAUUUUGAUCGUGAUUUAGAAAAAUUCCAAUCGAAAUAAUCUUAUGGCUACAUUGACAAUGACAUUAAUUAACGAAUUAAUUGAUUUUUGUUUGGACACUAAUGGUGUAACAAAUUUUUUUCCUCAAACAGUAUUAACAAUAAUAAAUUCA